AUGAAAUCAGCCUUAGCUUAUUUGCUUGCGUUGGUAGGCUCAAGUACCAAGCUCGAAGAGCCGAUCGGAACACCAGGACUUCUCUUGACCGACGAAUAUACGAAGCUAGUUGCUAACCACUCUGCAUCGUUUCACCCAAAUUUCAGCAAAAAUACCGUUCAAGGGCUACGAGCCAACGUCGCACUGGUCACACCCGAUGUUGAUAGUUUCUUCAGUGGAUUUUCUGGCCUUGGAAGUGCUCAAUUUGCCCAGGCAUUGGCUUUUCCUGGAGGAGGAAUAAGAGCCCAGUUCCUCGAUCGACUCAUCAUCGUGGAGGGAAACACCGCCGCUAUUCUAAGCGCCAGCAGGAUCACCACAAACACCUCGCAGCUUAUUACUCAGACAACGCUGGCAGAAACUAUGAUUUUCGACAAGGAUGCCCUCCUGAGCCGCAUCGUCAGUAUAGGUGAAGCCGGACUCUCAACAGCGCAACAAACCGGCGAGGUUAAAUUACCGUCCGUCGAGCCGAUUACACUGAAUCCCAUUGCGAAUACAUCUGCCGGAUUUACCUUCAAAAUCAAAGAGAAGGCUGCGCAAUUCAACAUCAACUUCAACAAGAAGAACUCAUCGGCUAAUGGACUCCUUGCCACGGAAGACGUCACUGUUGUUUCCGAUGGCCGCAACUCGACCGGCCGUGCAGCUCUUGUUAACUUAUUCACUCGUUACAGCACUUCGGUGCCAGAUCUCAUUCAGCAUGAUGAGUUCGUCCUCGGCCAAGGGAACUGGGUAGCCACCGAAUAUAUCUUCCAGGGAACGCGCAAUGGCACGUUUACUAUGCUUAACGGCACGAAAGUACCACCUAAUGGCGCACAGUACCGCAUCCGAGGCAUGCGAUUUAUGAGAUUCAACGACGCUGGUUUAGUUGACUUGUUCUGGCAGGCAGCUGAUAAUGAUGCCUUUGUCAGCCCGAUAUAUUUGGUGAAUUCAAUUCCCACUCAGCCAUAG